GGCGGCAGCAGGUGGGAACGGGGCUGUUGAUAUCAAUAUGGCGGUUGUCAGCCAGACAAAGACAGUCAGUCUGAUGUGAUUGAGACAAGGGAGGUUUUCAGGGGGAGACUGGGAGAUUGGGGCCUCCCCUCCCCCUUCUGCUUUUCCAGCGCGGGCCUCGGGCCCUCUCCAGCCCCUCCCGACGGGCGCCCCGCACGGAAGAUACCCCUCCCCCUCCCGCUUCCCUCCUCCCUACCUCAGCCCUUGGCGUUGGGACGUUGGGGAGGGGGCUGUGCCGGGCAGAGAGAACUCAGCCAGGAUUCCGAGAAUGGUAAAUAACACUGACCAUCUCUGGAAAGGGUAUUGAUUCGCCUCAUGUAAAGUAUGCUCAGUUCUUUUCCGGUGAUUUUGCUGGAAACCAUGUCUCACUAUACAGAUGAACCCAGAUUUACCAUAGAACAAAUAGAUCUGCUUCAGCGCCUUCGACGUACUGGAAUGACUAAACAUGAAAUUCUUCAUGCCUUGGAAACUUUGGACCGUCUUGAUCAAGAGCAUAGUGACAAAUUUGGAAGAAGAUCCAGCUAUGGGGGAAGUUCGUAUGGGAAUAGUACCAACAAUGUUCCAGCAUCUUCCUCUACAGCUACAGCUUCCACACAGACCCAGCAUUCGGGAAUGUCCCCAUCACCUAGCAACAGUUAUGAUACCUCCCCACAGCCUUGCACUACCAAUCAAAAUGGGAGGGAGAACAGCGAACGAUUGUCUACGUCCAAUGGAAAGAUGUCACCAACUCGCUAUCAUGCAAACAGCAUGGGUCAGAGGUCAUACAGUUUUGAAGCCUCCGAAGAGGACCUAGAUGUAGAUGAUAAAGUGGAGGAAUUAAUGAGGAGGGACAGCAGUGUGAUAAAAGAGGAAAUCAAAGCCUUUCUUGCCAAUCGGAGGAUUUCCCAAGCAGUUGUUGCACAGGUAACAGGUAUCAGUCAAAGCAGAAUCUCUCACUGGCUGUUGCAGCAGGGAUCAGACCUGAGUGAACAGAAGAAAAGAGCAUUUUACCGUUGGUAUCAACUUGAGAAGACAAACCCUGGAGCUACAUUAAGUAUGAGACCUGCCCCCAUUCCACUAGAGGACCCUGAAUGGAGACAAACACCUCCCCCUGUCUCUGCCACAUCUGGGACCUUCCGACUCCGACGAGGGAGUCGAUUUACCUGGAGAAAGGAGUGCCUGGCUGUCAUGGAAAGUUACUUCAAUGAGAAUCAAUACCCAGAUGAAGCCAAGAGGGAAGAAAUUGCAAAUGCUUGCAAUGCAGUUAUACAAAAGCCAGGCAAAAAACUGUCUGAUCUGGAACGUGUUACCUCCCUGAAAGUGUAUAAUUGGUUUGCUAAUAGACGGAAGGAGAUCAAGAGGAGAGCCAAUAUCGAAGCAGCAAUCCUGGAGAGUCAUGGGAUAGAUGUACAGAGUCCAGGAGGCCAUUCUAACAGUGAUGAUGUCGAUGGGAAUGACUACUCCGAGCAGGAUGACAGCACGAGCCAUAGUGACCACCAAGACCCCAUCUCAUUAGCUGUGGAGAUGGCAGCAGUCAACCAUACUAUCUUGGCAUUGGCCCGACAAGGAGCCAGCGAAAUCAAGACAGAGGCCCUGGAUGAUGACUGAUCAGGGAGGGUUAAAUGUGACAAGUUAACUUAGUUUAGACGUAGCACCUUAGCAGACUUUCCUCGGUCCUUAACAUGUGUUCUUACAGUAUAACUUGCAGUUUCUUGUAUGUCAGGUAGCCGUUAGGGUCUUGUUCUGUGAAGAUGGCAUGGUGCCCUCAGCCUUUGCAUAUACUCUCUCAGUAUUAAAUUCCCAGUAAGUAGUAACCAACCAACCAGACUUCCCUCUCCCAAGCCCCUGAGGCUAGAAAAUCUUGCUGCUCCGUCUUAGCAUUCCAAGAAAGUGCUUCCAGGUAUUUAGAUAACCCUCAGUUCUCAAAUAUUAGGCUAUGUGUAAAAUCUUGGGUACCUUUAGAUUCAUGUAACACUAGUCUCAACCCCAUUUUCCUGCCCCAAGACUGAUAGGAUGCAAGCUGAGGUAGUGGCACAGGAUUGACAGAAACCAUUUGGGGAGUAUCCAUAGAGUGAAAGGAACACUAGAACCCCUUCUCAGCAUGAGAAUCACUGAUUCAGCUGCAAUAAGUCGUGCCUCAUAGUCACACUGUGGCUAGACUAUACUUCUUUGGGUGCUGUGCUAUGUCAGUGGAAACUCGAUCUCAGAUUUUGGUUUAUGUUAACAUGCCUGACAACAGACAUCCUUUCCUCUCACAAGCUGUAUGACUUAGUAGAUAAAAUACUGCCUUCUGACUUUGGGACCAUGAUUCAAAACAAAAAGACAAAAAACAAGUUAUUUAAAAAAAAAAAACCCAGCUUGUGAGCAUUGGAAAAAAGUAUAAGCUGAAUGUCUAAAUGGAUGCUAAGACCAGUUCUCAGAACCACUGUACAUUCCGUGGCACAGUCAGUGCCUGCAUGGAAAAGUCCUGGAGUUACCAUGGAAGGUGUCUUUGCCUCCUGUCAGUGUCCCCUUUUCCAUGCUACCAACAAAAAGUCUGUUAAGAACAGAGCUGAGGUUGAAAAUGAGUGAAAGAACAGUCUUUGUACCCAUUACCUGAAGCCCCCUCGGAGCUGAGAGAGGACUUUGAGGGGAUCCUGCUGACUUAUCACUGAUGCAAAUACUUGCCUAAAUAGGAGCAGAAAAAAGCAGGGGACAUUUACCACUUACCUUGUGGGUGUGCGGAACACAAUGGGAUGCGACUGCUUUCUCGUUCUCUUUGCUCUGUCCUUGUAGAGGUGUGAAAAGCUAUAUUGCUGCAGGCAAUUUAUUUAAUAAUUGGAAGCCAUAUUGAUAAUGGAUGUGGUAAUAUUUGUAAAGUUUAAUCUACUUUAAGCGGCAGUAACUAAUGGAAUUUUUUUCCUUGAUCACAUAUGUAGCACUUUUGUUACUUUUUAAAGAUAUUUAUAUUUGAUAAAUCUUUUUUUCAUUUUGAGAACUCAAAAUACCAAACAAUGAACUUGCGUUAUAAAGUCACCUUGUGAUCACCUUGUCAUCUAGUAGCGAAAUGAUGAACUAUUCAUGCAUCAAAGAAAAUUACAUUCGCUGGCCUUGUAUGAAAAUGAUCUCCUGGCUACCUGAUUAAAUGAUACACUGUCACUGUGGGUAAGAAGAAACAGCCUUCAGUGUAGCAGCAUAGUGUGCAUCUGAAAGAGGCACCCCGGCUAUGCGUUUUCUGCCUCAUCUUCGUAUGUCUAAUGAAGCCUUGUUUAAAGGGGAAUGAGGGGCAGGUAGUUGAACAGGGCUUCUGUCUUUCUGUCCAUUACCUGAAACGAUUUCUAAGAUGGAACUAAGGUGCCAUUUCUUGUCUUCUUCACCCCUCCCCCACCAAAUGUAUUCAAGUUUAAAAACUAUUCAGAGAGAGAGAGAGACUGACUUACUGACCUUCCUUAUUUCCCUUUCUCAUUUGCAGAAUAUUGAAUAUCUGCCAGUUUCUAGCUGGUCUUACUGCACACACAAGAUCACCCCCAUAGCUGUGAAUCCUGCUUGCGUGAGUGUAAGGAGAAGUCUUUGAGAGGGCAUGAGGAUGCCACCUUACCUACACGUGUGACUUUGAAGAACCAUAGGCAGGGUUUGGUCCUGCUGGUGUCCAUGAAUUUCAUGGGGGGAAAUGUAUGCAUUUUUCCCAGCUUCUAAGAAUUGAA